AUGCUAAACAUCUUUUUGAAAGCAACAAAUGAACGAUUCGUUUUGAAAGAUAUUCAUUUUGAUUCAACAGUCAGAGAUUUAAAAGUUAUUCUUGAAAUAAUUUGCGGAAUUCCUGCACAUCUACAAUGGAUCACAUAUUUAGAUGAAGGAGAUUUGCUUGAUAAAAGAAAAUUAAAAUAUUACGAUCCUGUGCCCGGUGCAACAUUUGUACUAACUGUUUGGCAUGUAUAUGAGCCAAUUGUACAAGCAGUCGUGGCGGGCGAUGAGGCUAAACUUUCAAAAUUAGGUGUUUUGCCACAUCUAGAGUUUUCAUCACCAAUUGCCGACCGACUAUCACCGGAAGAUAAAUUAAAAUACAUAAAUGAACGUGCGAGUGUCGCAAUGUUUACAGCAGCACAUCGAGAAAAAUUGAAUAUUGUUGAAUUCCUUUGUCGACACAAUGUUGGAAUUAAUUAUCAAACAGCAUCUGGACGAACACCAUUGAUGGUCGCAGCAGCACAUGGUAGUUUGAAAGUUAUGACUACGUUAUUAGAGCAUAAUGCAAACGUUGAUAUGAAAGAUGUAUUUAACCAAACAGCUGAUGAUUUUGCUGUUCUAUUCAAUAACACCCAAAGUAAACGUGUAUUAAUUCAAUUUCGUUGGAAAAAACGAAUGGAAAACUCCUUGAAAAAGGGAAAAUUGAAAUCAGAUGCUACAACUGAUCAAGGACCUAAAAAACCUGAUACGGCAGCGAAAAAGGCACAACUAUUAGCAAAAAUUUCGGCCGAUCGUGAAAAACAACAUGCAAGACUCCUGUCAAGUCAAGAAAGAUUAAAACAAGACUUUUUUCGACUUCAAUCCGCGGAACAACCGUCGAAAGAAAAAACUGAACAAGAUGACGAGGAAUUAGAUAAGAACGAUAAUAUAUCGGAAAAACUUUUUAAAGAAAAUUCAUUUGAAAAUGGGCGUCAAGCAUCGUCAAAAUUAAUACCAAAAGAUAAAUCAUUGCCGGUAACAACACAACAACAACAGCAACCAAAAUUAUUUGCCACACAGUUUUAUGAUGUUUAUUCAGAUAUGAGUUAUGACGAUUUUAUCAAAAUAAAAAAUGCUUUUAUUUCACAGUAUUUUAAUUGA